GGCCGAGGCUCCCUGGCCAGCCUGAGCGCCAGCUGGGGCAAGCUGGCUGAGGCGGCGAGAGCGGGCACAUUGACCCGGGCGUCGGUGCAAGGCCCGCUCGGGGCCACGUGGCUCGCGCUCGGCCGCAUCGGCUGGACGAUGACAGCGGCGUGGGCGCUGCAGACCGGCCCGGGCGAGACGCUGUCCAUGCUAAGAGACGCGCUGGUGGAUGGCAUCCAGCGCUGGCAGUGCAGACGGCUGGUGGCCCACCUGCCCGAGGGCCAGGGCGAGACCCUCUGGCCGAGGACAGUCCGCGCCGUGGCGCACAGGGCGAGGCCCGCGGCGGAGCUGGGGGCCAUCCGAGCGGUAUGGGCAGGAGGGCACUUCACCAACGCCUGGAGGUACGCCCGAGGACACGCCGACUCCGACAUGUGCCAGGCUUGCGGGGGAGCCAAGGACACGCUCAUGCACAGGUGGUGCGUAUGCCCUGCUCUCGUGGUACCGCAGGGCGAAGAGCUGGAGCACGAGGAGCCGUUCCGCAAGCCGAUCGCGGGGAUGCGCCACCAGCUGGAGGAGGCCGAGCAGAAGUGGACCAGCGGGGACAGCGAGCUGCCGCUGUCGUACGGCCUGCCGCUGCUGUCUGCCAUGCCGCCGCCUGUGCCGUCGGACAACGUGGUCUUCGAAUGGGGCGCCGCGCAGGAGGGCUGGCCGUCGGUGGUAUACACGGACGGCUCAGCGUGCCCAGUGCCCCUGGUGCAGGCGGGCUCCGUCCAGGUCAUCGUCAGCGACCGGCAGGCCUUAGUCACGGAGGGCAGUGACUGGUCCUCGACGGCGCAAUCGGCCAGGGCACGGCGCGCCAGCAUCUGGCGCCAGCUCCAUGCGGCUGCAGCUAGGCGCGGGGGGCCGCCGCCGCGUCUCCGAUGGGUGCCCGCCCGCCGCAGCCUCCAACAAGCGCUGGGCGCGGGCUUGCGGCCCCUGGACUGGCUUGGGAACUGCUGGGCGGACUUCUUCGCCAACCUCGGCGCGGGGGAGGCCAGGCUGCCCAACAACGCGGUGGAGGCGCUGCAAGCGGAGCUCCAGCGCGCCCUGGACACGGCCGCGUUCCUGGGCUGGGCGGCGGCGCGCAUCUGCCGGCUGGGCUUGUGGGGGCCUCUCGGAGAAGAUGGCGGACUCCAGCGCCGUCAGGUUUUGGGGGGGCCCGCUGCCCCAAAGCUCAGCCUCGCGUGGCACGAGUAUCAAGUCAUCAGCUCGUGCGGAGUGCAAUGCGUGCAUUGUGGGAGGGGGGCCUGCGCGGCAAUGGCACGGGCGCUGCUGGACUGCAGACCCUGCCAGCCUACGGAGCUGGGCAGGGUGCGGGCCCGCUGCAGCCAGGGGCGGCCACUGGCGAGUUCAGCAGCUGUCAGCGCGAGCCUGCAGGCGGCUGAGCGCGAGCUCCUGCCCGUGAGCGGGGCGCGCACCACGGCAGAAGGCAACUGGGCCGCCUUGGGCAUGCUGGCUAGCUCCUGGAUCGUCGACCUGAUGGACCGGAGCCUGGCUUGCGCGUCCUGGAUGGAGGAGUGCGCAGAGUGCGUUUACAGGCUGCUAGGCGAGGAGGUCUACCGCGGCUUCUUCGCGCGCAACAGCGACGAGAUGCGCAGCGCGGAGCGCCUGAGGCGGGCCGAGGAGUUCUGCGAGAGAGGCUGGCGGGAUGGCGGGCCCUUCAGGGAGGCCCACAUCGACGAGGCGCCCCAGCUGGAGGGCGAGGCCAGGCAAGCCAAGCUCCAGCGGCUGAGGGGCUAUCACGCGGCGGCGCGCGCCUUCCUGUGCGACCGUGGCAGCGCGCGGCGCGCUGGGGGCAGACGCGGGCCUCUCUACUUCACAUUCUUUGAGCCCGUGGGCGGAGCGCGUGGCGGAGGUAGUGGCGGCUGGCGGCAGGGUUGCGCGCCCCGGCGGCGAGGGCGCUCGAGGUCUCGGACGAACAGCCGUACCAUCCAGUCGCAGGGCCGCGCGGGAGGCCGAGCUGAGCCGCAGAGGCCCGUGCUGCCGCGGCCAAGAGGCGAUGCGGAGGGGCCGCAGCGGCCAGUGGGCCCGCGGGCCGUCCCCGCCCAGCGGCGCAGGCGCAGUGCGGAGCAGUCAGCCAGCAGGUCCCGCUCUCCGCAAGCGCGGGGCCAGCCCGCGGCCCACAACGAGGCCGAGCGCAACGACGGCCCCGACCCUGACGCAGCGAUCGGCCUGGGGGUUCUGCGCAGCAUGCUGAGGGCCUUCGCGGGCUGCUGGGCGUUUGACCUGCGCGACCCAGAGGCCGCGGAGGACUCCUGGAUGGCCUGGGCGGCGCAGUGCGCCCUCGCCUGUCUGGCCAGGCCCGACAAUGAGGAUGCGAGGGCGGUGGCUGCGAGGCGAGCAGGCUCCAUGCGCUUGCGUGCGCUGGUCCAGGCGAUGGUCAGGCAAGCGUGGCUUUUGAAAGCGGACGCGCGGCGCAUCGCAGUGGGGCGCCUGAUGAGCCUGGAGACCUUGGAGGAGUGGUUGCACGUAGCCGCUUUGCAGUGGGCCACACUGGGCGACGUCUGCUGCGCCGUGGGAGGCGUCAUCGGCGAGGCGGGGGCCAACCUGCCCGCUUUGCUUGGCUUCGCUGGGGCCCUGCCUGGCCUGGGCCCCGCUGGCUCCAGCGAGCAGCCCUCCCGCCAAGCUGGCCUGCCGCGGCCCCAGGGCCUUCGCGGCCGAGGGAUCGAAGCAUUGCGGCGGCCGUGGCCAGGCACUUCGCACAGCCCGCAGCUGCCGAUGGUGAGCGCGAUGCAGGGCGGGCCAGAUGCCCUGGGCAGAGACAGCGACGGCGAGGGCGACUGGCUGCACCCAGAGGCGGCGCCGUCUGGGCUGCCCCCGCCCCCGCCUGCGGCCGCAGCGGGUCAGGCACCGCCGCCGCAGCCAGAGGGGGCGGACCAGGGGCUUCGUGGCGAUGCCGUUGCGGUGGGAG